AUGCUUGACGGUGGGGCGGUCGAGGUGGUGAAGCCUGUGCUGGUAGCGCUGAUCGUGCCGCUGCCGGAUGCGGUGAUCGAUGGCUCGAUGCUUGAAACCGAAGGCAGCGACGAAGCCGAUGGGGAAUACGAUGAAACCAAUGAGGAAGACGACAAAGCCGAUGGGGAAGAUGACAAAGCCAAUGAGGAAGACGACGGAACCGACACAGGUCUGGUGGGAAUAGCGGUGGUCGACGACACCCCAACUGCAGACGAUUUAGUGGUAAACGAUGAUGACGAUUCAACUGAACUGGAUGAUGUGGUUGAGAAUGACGAUACGGAGGAAAUGUUUGAUUCAGCUGAUGAAGAUGACGCGGUCGAGACUGUUGAGGAAGCCUCAGAGACCAUCGUGCUCGACGCUGAAGACGAGAGGGUUAGGACUUCCGAAGACGAGGAGGUUAAUCCUGUUGUCCUCGACGCUGAAGACGAGAGUGUGGGGAUUUCCGAAGACGAGGAGGUUAGGACUUCCGAAGAAGACGAAACAACCGGCGCGGCGGAAGAUGAGACAGCCACUGGCGCAGAUGAAGAAACCGGCGGCUGA